AUGUAUCAAGACCCAGCUUUACCCCCACCAAAACUCCAAGGCACCGACCCUUUCCUCAUCAGGCUUUCUUACCAGGACCAAAUGGAAUACAUGCGUCUUGUUCAGUAUUUCCAAUAUUCAGAUGAUAGGAAUAAGCGCAACCUUGGUCUUUCAACAUUUGCCAAACACAUCUCAUUGAUCCAUAGAUUCAUUUACAAGGGCGAUUCUUACGAUACCUACAGAGGUUUACUUUGCGGUAUCGAAUUCGGAAUCGAUUCGUUGCUCAUCAAUACAUCAAGACUGAAGCACUUAAUGUGCCGCUCAAAGUCUUGCAUGAAUGGCUGCUUCCAGAAGCUGGGAUAUGCCAUCUCGAGACCAAUCCAAGAUUUCCAAACUAUUUUCUCUCAGAUCGGUUCGAAUUUCGAUAACGCUUUUAUCAACCCAAGACAAUGGUGCGUAAGAAGACUCGUAGAUCCUACAAACGCCAUGUCAAAUUUCCCUGCAAUAUUGAGCAUUCAGUUUGCAGAGGAUAAUACCAAGCAUUCUGACUCCGAAUGCCCACCUGUUCAAGACAGGCCAAACUCCCUUCCAGCAAUUUGGGACGUUUCCAAUUUGCUGAAUCGCAAACCAUUACCAGGCCUAUCCCUUGGAUGUGGCCCGAUGAUGUUUUGA